AUGGUCUCGAUUCCAAAAGCCCCGGCCGCCGCCGUCGCCGCGUCAACUGUGCGAAGUUCAUGUGCCGAAUGGGACACCGCCGCCCCCGCUCAACAGUAUUCGCUAUCGAACGUUCCAAAAUAUCACUUCGAGCUUGGUCCAUCGCCCCUCGAGAAUGGACCUCGUUUCAUCGGGGAACACUCGAGAUCGUCUUCCUGGCAAUCGUGCUCCACUGGUGUCGCAUUGUCGAGGCGGCGCGAAAGUGACCCGCCUUCGAGCGCGGUCACCGACAUUCAGGAGCUCUCGGCUUCCGCUCCCGAGCUCCCGCCCGUCGAACCGACGCCUUUUAUCUCUAAGCUUUCGCACAUCCUCGAAUUAAGCGAGCAUAGGGAGUACAUUAGGUGGAGUCGUGAUGCAAGUUGUAUUUUCUCGAAUCGACAUGGUUUAUCGCCCCUGCAUUGAACUAACUUGGGCUCAAUUAUGUUCAACUGUUAGGGCAAGAGCAUCAUCCUCGCAUCACAUCAUCCCAACUUGCUCAAGGCCUUGUCUCAAUAUUUCAAGUACACGACCAUCACUUCCUUAAUCCGUCAGCUGAAUGUGUGUCCUCGACACGACGAGUCCCUCAAGUUUUCCCGGGCUGACACCUCCUUUCACCCCGUCACAGAUCUACAGCUUCAAGCGCCUCACCACCACCCAGCUCCUCGAUGUACUCGACCUAACCCGGUCCACCAAACUCUCCGCCUCGGACUACUGCGGCUUCGCGCACCCUAAAUUCUUUCGACCGACAUUAGGCCGAAGAUGUUCCUUGGGGGAUUUCAAACCGUUGUCGAAGCAACGGUCGCGCAAGUCGACGAGACGUCAUAGUGCUGGGAACGAACCGAACCUUGGCACGAUGAGACACACCGUUCUGUCUCGAGAUCGGAGCUCGAUCGGGUAUUUCGGUGAUUUGGGCAUGCAUUAG